AUGCGCUCAAAGCCGGCACCCUUUCCUCGCCAGCAGCUCAGGGCAGCCACCCAGCUGGGACGGCUGGAUGCAGCGCUGGGACGAUUGGAGGUGCAGGAAGCCUCUGUCGCCCAGGAGCUGGCCCGCCACGCCGCGGCCGACGCCGCUCGCGAGGCGGAGGGCGAGGCGGCCCGACGCCGCGAGCGGGCCUCCAGCCGGGCGCGCCUGCUUUCUUCCCUGCGUUCUGCGGUGCACGCCACGCCUGGCGCCCUGGAGUGGAAGCGGCACCUGGAGGCGCUGCUGGCCGAGGCCAAGGCCCUGGCGGCGCCGUACAAGGCCGACCCGGGGACCAAGGCGGCGCGCCGGGCCGUGGACAAGGCUCUAACCCUUGGCGUGCAGCAGGUGUCAGCCUCGCGCGAGCAGGUGUCGCGCCUGUCCCUGCGCCUGGGCGCGCUGAUGGCGGAGCAGGGCCCCGGCCCGGCCUCUGCCUACGCGCAGCUGGCGCUGGCCGCCAAGAUCUGCGUGCAGUGCGAGGUGCAGGUCACACGCCUGCCCGGCUUCGCCUUCCCCCUGGCCGAGGUCGCGGUGGCCGUGGCGGCAGGGCAGCCCGCCUUUGCGGAGCUCCUCAUCGCGCAGCUGGUCGCGGCCUGCCCGCUGUGCCUGCCCAUGGUGUAUGGGAGGGACGGCGCGGGGGCGGGCGAGGAGGCCUGGCUGCGCCUGAGCGGGUACAAGGUCCGCACCGACGAGGACUCCGGCCAGACCACUCGGGAGUCGACCGACGAGUACAUGCUGCGCGUGGGCGGGUUUGUGCGCCUGUAUGCGGCCUUCACGCAGUGCGACGCCGCCAACAACCCGCACGGGCUGAAGAAGGCGUGGACCUGGCUGGCAAGGUUCCUGAACGCCGUGCCCGCGGACAGGGCCAGCGCGACGGCGCUGAUCGCCUUCCUCCAGGUGGCAGCGUACCGCCUGCACCGUGCGUACCGAGGCCAGGCCCUGAAGCUAUUUGAGGUGGUGCACCGCGACUACCUGGCCAGGCUGAACGCCUGUGAGGACCCCGACGCGCGAGCCAACUUCACCCGCAUAAAGACAUUCCUGGAGGAGAGGGCGUACCUUGCGGAGCCAGAGGGGCGGGCGCUGCCAAAGUUUGACACGUCGUCCAUAGACAGAGCCUGA